AUGAAUUCUACACACAACUUCCGAGGAUCUUUCGACCAAGAGGAAGAAGAUAUGUUACUAAUCACGCAAUUAAAUGGUAUUUGCAUCGUCCCUUACGCUAUAAAAACUGCCAUAGAAUUGGAUUUAUUGGAGAUUAUGGCCAAGGGUGAACCUUUGGGGACUUAUCUGUCACUGUUGGAAUUGGCUUCCAAAGCCGCUCCAGAAAAUCCAGACGCUCCAAUGAUGAUCGAUCGAUUGCUACGUCUUCUUGUUGCUUAUUCGGUAUGUACUUGUAAGUUGGUGAAGGACGAAAAUAGAAAAGAAUUUAGAGUUUAUGGAGUAGAAAAAGCUAGAAAAAAACUUAUUAAGGAUGAAGAUGGAUUUUCUAUGGCGUCUAGUGUGGUUAAUCAAAUCCGCAAAAUUGAAGAUGAUUCCUAG